AUGGUGGGAUUGCCCACCCGAGAGAGGGUCAAUCUUCCUCCUAGUGGGCCCCAAUGGGAGGCUCACCGAGCGAAAAUUCGACACCUGUACCUAGGCACCGAGGAGGUUCGAGGGAGGUCAUUGGAAGAUGUGAGGAGGAUCAUGCAAAGGGAUCACGAUUUUGAUGCUCUGAAACAUCAGUGGGAAGCUCAGUUUAAGAAAUGGAAGUUUACAAAGAAACUUAGUCCGAGGGACUGGUGUUCUGUCAAUAGUAUCAUUACCAAAAGAUCGCAGCAGGAGAAGCGAUCUGUGGUAUUGCUCAAUGGAAUGAGGGUGGAUCCUUCGAAAGUACGGAAGGAAAUCUUGAGAAACCGUGGGAAAUCAAAGGAUUACCAAAAAGGUCCAAAUCGCAACCUACCGGAUGGAGUUAUCAUUCGGACUCCAUCUCCAGAACCAUACAUGCGGAUAGUAGUCGAAUGUCCGGCAGUAGAUGCUGGUGUGCAGCCAGAACCGCCGGCGAUCUCAGUCAUUACUCCUCCUGCCAACUCUUAUUGGGAAUUCUUUCCAUAUGUCAUAGAUAUUUUGCCAUUUUUCCAAUUUCAAGAUCGUCUUGAGCAUAGUAUUGGUUAUUUCCCGGAGCUCUUAUCGAACUUAGAUUUUAUGUCGACAAUGCUGCUUGCUGAACAUCCAAUUUGCGUCGACAAUGCGCAGGUCCUUAACAGAACCAGUAUUUCCAGUUUCCAGAUCGCAGAAACCACCUUGCGCCUCAUCGCUAACGGCCACUUGUCCAAGGUUCAGAUUGUGGAAUUUUUCAAAGCGUUUGCGAAAAGCGUGCCAGUGUCGACUAUUAAGUCAAUUCUUUCCGAAAGAAUACCAAUGGUUCAAGCGCUUACUGCUGCGUUCCUUGAGGUGGCUGUCUCCUUCUGGUGGGCUGAUGUAUUGAGGCUGCUCGUCGAUUGUGGCAUCGAUGGCACAUCACUGAUGGGGCUUAAAGGUGGACGAUUAUUGCAGCUUGCGCUCUCGACCAGGCGAGGCUCAUCGUUCGCUGGAGAGUAUUACAGCAGUAUGGAUUCAAGAGUCCAAGUUGUGGAGUUCCUAAUAUCGGCAGGAGCAGAAGUGAACCCUAUUCUCUCUGUCGCCAAUCCAACAUCUGAAGCGUCGCCUUUCCUUCACGCUCUAGAAAGCCGUUAUCUUUCUGAAGCUAAAAUAUUAUUCAAAGCCGGAGCUUGCAUGCCUUUAUCCCUUCCUUCCCCCAUAGCAAUGUCAUCUAUGAGUGAAGCCGCAGUCCGAUACGGCGACUCUGAAAUUGUGGAACUGUGCCUAUCGACUGAGUUUGAUGCGGACGAAUUUUACAUUGAUAAUGUGCCUGCCUUGUUGUGGGCGUUAUGUCGUAACGACAAGGUCUUUGACGUUCUAUACAAGUCGAGCUUUGUAGACGAAGGACUCAGCACACUCAAUAUCCUACUGGCGGCUGAGGGAGGACUUGUUGCCCUGGACCAGUACUUGACAACGCAUGAGAUAUACAACAAUGUGGAGGGGCAAGAGUAUCUUGUGGACGCCCUUUCCAGGUCUAUAGAAUAUCUGGUCCUCGCGGAAGAAGUAAAAGUUCGAAUCGCUACGGAGGUCCUUCUCACAAUCAAUAUGGCUAACUUUGAAUCGGACGAAAAAUCUCUUGAAUCCAAGCUGGUUGAAGUUGCCAUUCAAUUUAGCGAAACCGAGGUGCUAAAAACACUUCUAGCCCAAGGCCUCGACAUUGAAAUAGUGAUCUCAAAAUGGGGCGACUUCUACUGGAUACGGAAUGACCAAGGCAGAUUUUUGAGGCUUCUGAUCGACCUGGGAAUAGACAUGAGGAAAUGGGGCUCUACCCUCCUAGGUCGUGCCGCUCACAAUUUGAAGGUCGAAGAAUGCCAGCUCCUACUCGAAAGCGGAGCUGGCAUUUAUGGCACUGGAGACAACGAAUUGUACCCUAUUCAAUCGGCGUUGACCGGUAAAAAAUACGACCAAUCUAGACCGCUAUACAAGCGCAAGGAGACAAUAGUCCUCCUACUUACGGCUGGGGCUGAUGUCAACUGUGUCUCUUCGUCUUGCCGAUGGUCCCCUCUUCAUCUUGCAGCCUGCCUUGGCGAUAUCGUAAUCUUCGACUUGUUAUUCAAGGCAGGUGCUCGAAUCAUGUAUUUUCUCGACCAUUCACGGUGCUUAGAAACUAAGAGACAGUGCGGCAAUGUGUACGUGGAUUGCCUUGGUAAAUGGAGAGGAAGAGGACUGGAAGCGGAACAUGAAAUGAUUCUCAAUCGGCUCUUAGACUUGGGAGCACCGCUGCAACCCGCAUGUCCUGUACUUGGGCGGAAACAUGGCUCUGCGCUCGUGAGACUCGUCCAGCUUGGCGGCUCGAUGCAACUGAUUAGCAGGUUCGUGGACGCUGGAGCGGAUGUUAAUGAGUAUGAUGAAGAUGUGUGGGAGGAAACGGCACUUCAGGCAGCGGCAUCAGUAUCAGAUAUCAAGCUGGUUCGCUACCUACUAGCCCAAGGAGCAAAUAUCAACGCUCCACCGGGAUACGCGUAUGGCAAUACAGCAUUACAAGCUGCCUGCAAGCGACCUGACCCUGAUAUUCGGACCCUAGAGUUCCUCCUGGAGGAAAUGGCGGACGUAAACGCUGAACCAGGUCCUUUUCGUGGUGUCACGGCUUUGCAAGGCGCUGCAAGAGAAGGGCAUAUUGAGAUCGUAAAGUUGCUGCUACGGGCAGGAGCAAAUGUCAACGCUGCUAGCGCCAAAGUAGAUGGGAGAAUGGCUCUGGAUGGUGCAGCAGAGAACGGACGUCUCGAUAUGGUCCAAUAUCUUUUGAAUGCAAGAGCAGAGAGCGAGUAUGGCGGUGAAACUGGAUACGACAGAGCCAUUAAUCUUGCAGAAAGAAAUGAUCAUUACGCUGUAGCGGAUCUGCUCAUAGAACAGUCGAGAAAGCUUAGUGAUAACUUUGCGGUCGAGAGCGUUAUGAAUAGGAGGGAAAGAUACGAGAAUCAUCUUGACAAAUAA